AUGUCUAAAUCAAUCAGCCAUGCUCCCUCCGGCAUAUCCAGUAAACUACCUAGUUCGCUUCGAAACCUAAAUUUAUUGAACCUCUUGCAGCUGCUACCUCGCAAGGUUUGGUUCAGAGUUGCUGUUGCGAUAGUACUGGGAUGGACAGCCACCAAGAAAGCCAGCAGUUUGCUGGGUGCUGCCAUGUUGAACAACUUCACUCAGGACACCUACGACUGGCGAAGAGAACUGGUUUUAGUUACCGGCGGUUCCGGUGGCUUGGGAGACUUGCUGGUUCGAAAGCUGGCAAAGAACUGCGUCAAAGUCAUCAGUAUUGAUGUAGCCUCACCGCCAACUCCAUUACCAUCAAACGCGUAUUUCUACGAAGCUGAUAUCACCAAUACGAACUCCAUUAGGGAAGUUGCAAGCCGCAUCCGACAUGAUCAUGGCGAACCCACGGUCUUGGUAAACAACGCCGGCGUGAUGAAAAUCUCCACCAUCCUCGAUGAAACCGAGGAGCAAAUCCGCCAUGUAUUUGACGUGAAUAUCAUUGCAAGUUUCCUGCUUGUCAAGGAGUUUCUACCGUCAAUGAUCAAGCGAAACCAUGGCCACAUUGUUACUGUCGGCAGUAUGGCGAGCUUCGUCACUGGCGUACAGAAUGUAGACUAUGCCAGCUCUAAGAUUGGCGCUAUUGCGUUCCACGAGGGUCUUGCGCAGGAACUCCGGCAUCGUUACAAUGCACCAAAAGUCCGAACGAGCAUCAUAUAUCCAACGUACAUCAGAACAGCCCUCAUCGAGAAAGUCCACAGCAAGGGAAAAUUCAAGGCCUUACUACUUGAGCCUGAGCUUGUGGUAGACCGGAUAUUUCAGCAAAUUAUAUCAGGGCGCAGUGGUCACGUUUGUAUUCCGGAAGAGUACACGUGGGUUGCGGGAUUGCGUGCAUGGCCUCACUGGGUGCAGGAACGUGUCAGAAAUGCUCAGAAGGAUGUUCUCUUGCACAAUUAG